CAGUCCAUCACCCUAUGUUAUUGUCAGAAAUCACGUGAUGGGCGUGGCUACAUAACAGAUAUAAGUAAAGAUGCCAGACAUCUGCAUCAUUCUAGCUCCUCUUGAACGAUUAGAAAACAUAUAUCGAACAUGAUGAAAAUUGUCCUCUUUGUGUGUCUAUGGGUUACAGCGGUGACUGGUCAGGGAGGUUUCGGAGCUGGUGGUGGUGGUAGCAGCAUGCCAGGGGACAGAAGAAGCCUUCUCUCGUCAUUGGGCGGGACGACAGGAUCUACAUCUAUGGGAGCUGGCGGCUCUUAUGGCCAGCGUUCUUCAUUUAUGUCGAACCCUCUUCUUGCAUACAUGGCGAUGGGAAAUGAUAACAUGUGGCCAUUACUUUUUAUGGGUGGCGGCAGUGGAAGGAAUGGCGGUGGCAUGAAUUCAAUGGCCCCAUGGCUGAUGUUUUCAAUGUUUAAUUAAUGUCCGGACAGACGUUGCUCAUCAAGUCAUUACGUAUAUGUGUUAGAACGCAUUGUUUCCAGUUCAAGCCAUUCACACAUCCAGGGACAUUGCCGUCACCAUUAGUUUACUCUGAUCUACAUACAAUGAUCAACCCCGAGCAUCAUAAAUGGACAUUAACUUGAUUACAACAACUCUCAAUCACUAGUUAUGUGAGAGAACAGAGCUUGCUUUGUUUACGUUCCUCUACCGUGUUGCUGGCUAUGUUCUUGGUCUGUUUAAUAUUCGCAUAAUAAUUGAAAACAAACUUUGAACACAAUUUAGUGGUAGCCAGACGUGUUAUAGCUGUAUACCCAUCGUAUGUAUGUACAUGUAUAUGAUUUGGUGGUGUAUGAAUGUUUCGUCUUUUAUUUAUAAAUAUUUUGCAUAUU